AUCAGUGGUUCUGAAACGAAAAUAUCCCUAAAUUCCUAACAGUGUUCCCAGUAUUCUUUUUCUUCUUGCUCUUCCCAUCGAUUCACUUUUCAAUAGUCUGUUUAUUUAUUUGCUAGCUUCCACCUUAAGUUCAUAUUUUGCCCUUUUUUAUAUUUUUAUCGAGCCUUUCACCACACCAUACGACUGACGGAUGGAAGAACCAAAUGAGAUCACAAAAGUGGCCUUUCGCUAACUAUAUGAAUCAGAUACACAACAAAGAAGACUCAGGAUCGUUCCUCUACAUCAAGAAUGGAUUCAAUAAGCGUAUAUGACGGUAUCUAGAAUUUAUUGGAGUCAACCAAAGCUACGACAGUCGAGUGGCGGGACGAGCUACGCAGAAGUUCACCAGAUAUCAGGAACCUAUACCUAACAAUCAAGAAGCAAACACAAAGAAAUCAAAUUGGUUUAUACUUGCUCGUAAAAGCGAUAUUGGAUAUUCGAGUGUUGUUGAUUGACCUUCCGCGUCAUACAAACUAAUGUGGAAAGCCUUGCUUCGCAAAGCAUUGUCGUCUAUCAAACGACCGUUUAUAAAUUUUGAUGUAGAAAAUAGAGCCUUAAGACAUUUGGAAAAAAAUAAAGAUGUGGCGAAGGCUGCCCCAAAGCAUCCUGGUACGGCUGUUGUAUUAGAUGAACGAUAUGAAAAAUUGUCUUCACACAGUCCCAAGUUGGAUGCGAAUAUUAAUUCCUUUGAAAUUAAGUCAGAAACACUGACUGAAGGCAUACUUCCUAGUGGAGUAGACUAUGUUAAAAACUCAACACGCAAGCUUCCACAGAAAGUUGUUGCUUUUGAUCCCUUUCCUACACCUCAUGAAGAAUUUGGUUUUAUCGUCCCAGAAACAGUUCCCAAAGGAAAAUUAACAAUGCGUCAGGCUGUUGACCUCAUGAAGUCAUAUCAGACAGGCAGUGAAAGCGCAGAUAACUUGAGCAAAACGUACAACAUUGAUAAAGAUAAGGUGGAACACAUUUUGCAACAUUUUUCCCUAUUUGGUGUCGCUGAUGAACGUAUCUGGAUGCCCACAAAUCUUCUGUCUCUUCCCGAACAGAAGCUGUUAUCUGAACCUGUCGCAGAUACACCUAAUGAUAACGAGCGCAUUGGAGGAAGCGCCUACAAUCAAGGAAAAAUGCUUUAG